AGUCCACAUUUGACAACAUUUGAAAGAAUAUUUCUUGUUGCAGGUUUGCGUGUCUACAGAAUUUUAUGCGAUCAUUUUAAUCAGCUAUUAGAUAGAGGAUGGUGCCGGUCAGGGUGUUAUUUGUACAAGCCGAACAUGGAAAAGACAUGUUGUCCUCAAUAUACCAUACGGUUAGAUAUACAUAAAUUCGUGCUUUCACGCUCUCAGAAACGAGUCUUACGUCGAAUGAAUGAUUUUUUACUGUAUGACAAAAAGCCCAAAAGUCAUUCAAAAGAAAAAUCAUCUGAUUCUAAAAGUAAUUGUCAAGCAACAAAACAACUUCAAACGAGCGUAAACGAUUCAAAAUCACCUAUAAUUCAAACAGAAUUUAAAAAAUCUGAAAGGUCAUUACGUGGUACUAAAAAAAAGCAAAUUAGAAAAGAGCGAGCACUGCAGAGGAUGCGUGACAAGGGAAUAGAUGUCGAUGAGGUAUACUUUAAAUUUGAAGCUGGAAUAAUUGUGUUCCAACAAAAAAGAAUUGAAAAAGAGUUUGCAAGACGUCGCACUUUGCAUUCAUAUGUAUUAGAUAAUGAAGCUACGACUUUCAAACACAGAUUAGAAAUAAGACUUGUGUCUGUGAAUUCGGAAGAAUUUGAAUCUAUGUUAAAUGAAAGUUUUUCAUUAUUUGAAAAGUACCAGUCGAUUGUUCAUCAUGAUGAAGAUCGAUCCUUGGAAGGUUUUAUAAGGUUUCUCGUAAAAUCGCCGCUUUUUAGUAGUGAAGAUGAAACUCCAUCGGGGGUAAUCAUUUUUUCUAAACAAAAUAUAAUUCCACCUACAUAUGCUUUGGGAUCAUAUCACCAACAAUACAUUCUGGAUGAUCAAUUAAUUGCUGUCGCUGCUAUUGAUAUAUUGCCUCGGUGUCUUUCUGCAAAAUAUUUAUUUUAUGAUCCCGAUUAUGAUUUUCUUAAUCUAGGAACUUAUUCCGCAUUAAGAGAAAUAUUAUUCACUAUGGAACUGUCAAAAUAUCGUCCAGAUCUCCAUUAUUAUUACAUGGGAUACUACAUUGAUUCGUGCCCAAAAAUGCAGUAUAAGAGUCAGUUUCGGCCAUCGGAUCUUCUCUGCGACUAUAGUUUCACUUGGGUUCCUGUAGAGAAAUGUGUGGAACGUUUGCGUCAAUCUGGCAAAAAGUUUGUGGUCUUUGCUCCAGACAAAUCUCCACCUAAACAAAUUCCUGUCAAAUCUGUGCUCUGUUCCUACGAAUGGUACGUUUUUAAUGUUGGAUUUAUUUAUUCAAAAAAAAAAGGUGUCGUGCUUCCGUAUGGUUCAUUAUUGCGUCGUCCAAAUUUUAAAGAAACUGAAUCGUUUAUGGAAGAAUAUGCGCGAUUAAUUGGUCCUUUAGCGAAGGAAAUCAUUUUGUAUAGGACACCUUGA